UUAAACCCAGUUAUUUCCUGUAGAAGCCACAAGAAAUUCUCAAUUGUAGAAAUGCGCGGUCGUGUGACGGGCCAGGCCAUGGAGCUGCUGGGCAGCGGUGCCUACAGGAUCAGCGUGACCAGGCUCUUUCUGUCCACUCCGGCCAAAGCAGCCGCUCCGCUCAGCGAUAGGAGGUUUCGGUCCACGUCGUCCAUGUCCAGCUACACUGAGCUGGCCCGGGAGCGGUCCAAAACUGUUACAUCUUUCUAUAACCAGUCUGCCAUCGACGCGUCUGCCGAGAAGCCUUCUGUCAGACUGACACCAGCCACUAUGCUGUAUGCAGGGAAGUCUCCUGAUGGACAACAUAUCCUGAGCAGUGCCAAGUAUCUACACAAAGAGCUGCCUGUCCGUAUCGCCCAUCGCAUUAAGGGCUUCCGCAGCCUGCCCUUCAUUAUCGGCUGCAACCCAACCGUUCUUCAAGUGCACGAGCUUUAUAUCAGGGCCUACCAUAUGCUGAGCGACUUCCCAGCUAUAAAAGACCAGGAGACUGAGGCUCGUUAUAGUAAACUUGUAAAACAGCUUCUUGAUGAUCACAAAGAUGUUGUCACCAUGUUAGCUGAAGGAUUCAGGGAAUGUCGUAAACACAUAACGGACGAGACUCUGGUUCGUAAUUUCUUGGACACAACGCUGACGUCUCGUCUGGGUAUCCGCAUGCUGGCCACACACCACAUUGCCCUGCAUGAGGAUAACCCUGACUUUGUAGGCAUUAUAUGCCGCCGCCUGUCCCCUAAAAAGAUCAUCGAGAAGUGGGUUGAUUUUGCUCGGCGGCUCUGUGAGCAUCAGUACGGGAACUCUCCACGGGUUCGCAUUAAUGGCCAUGUGGCGGCCCGCUUUCCCUUCAUUCCACUGCCGCUGGACUACAUCCUGCCUGAGCUGCUAAAGAACGCCAUGAGGGCCACAAUGGAGAGUCACUUGGACACUCCUUACAAUGUGCCUGAUGUUGUGGUCACAAUCGCCAACAAUGACACAGACUUUGUCAUAAGGAUCUCAGACCGUGGCGGUGGCAUUCCUCACAGCAUUUUGGAUGUGGUGAUGGAUUACCACUUCAGCACCGCUGAGCAGAGCGCACAGGAUCCCCGCAUGAGCAACCUUUUCAACAACAUUACCAACAGCGGCCCCCAGUCUGGACCCAUGCAUGGGUUUGGCUUUGGCCUGCCUACGUCUCGGGCGUAUGCUGAAUACUUGGGAGGUUCCUUGACCAUUCAGUCGAUGCAGGGCAUCGGCACAGACGUCUACCUGCGUCUCCGGCACAUUGAUGGCAAAGGAGAGAGCUUCAGAGUUUGAUGUCAUGGUCUAUUCAUAGAGCUUUUGGUCAUUUUCUAUGUUGAAGAUUUUAAGGCUUGAAGUCGAACCAAAACCAGGAUGUUCAACAGUUGUCCUUUCACUCAUAUUACCUGUCACUGCAUCAGUAUCACAUUUUGGAUCAUGUUUUCUGCAGAUUAUGGGUGUCAUGCUUGGGAUUCGCACUGCAUUGUGUUUGUUUAGUGCACUCUGAUUUCCGUAAAACUUUCAGCCUUAAGAUUGCAAAGUGAUUUCAUUAUUAAAAUCCAAUGUGUUACUGUCCACUGGUGGCACGAGUCCUUACACUCCAGACGCCUGCAGAAGUUGCUCUCCAGACAGCCAUAUCCUGCUUUUCUUCAGAAAUACGUGUGAAUUGUUUGAACUUUUUGGAGAUGUAGUGUUCACUCCAGUGGUGAACACAGAAAUCUUCUAUGAACUCUGAAUCGAGAUCGACUGCCUUACGAAUAACUCGUUCAAAAAAUGUUGUCAGUCUUGCUUUUGACAUUUCACAUUAACCAUAUGAACUUAAGAGUUUGUUGUAGAUUUCAUGCUUGAAAUUGUUUGCUAAAAAGGCUUAUAGCACAACGUAGAAUAGUUUUUUUUUUUUUUCCCUCCCCAGCAAAGUGUCUUUAUGGAGAUGUUCAUGUUUGAAUGGAUGUUUUUAAACUCUACCCACCUGGUCUUUUGAUCAUUAUGUUUAGUUCAUUUUCUAACAGGAUGCCAACUUGUUUGAGACUGUGAGAGACCAUGAGAUUGGUUUACCUUAAUUAAUUUGAAAUGUACCCCAAAUUACAAAAGUUCUAUUGAAAUACUAAUUGAACUGCUGGAGGAGUUCACAGUACACAUAGUACAAGUAAUCCGUAGCAUUUUGUCUUGUAAUGUUGUGCCUGUUGUUUUUCUCUUCUCUUUUAAAACGAUUUUCAAAAGA